CCUUCCCUUCUCCCUCUUCCCUUCCUUCUCUUGAUCUUUCACCGCCAUGAUGACGCUGGCAAGAUCUAGCCACAACUGGGACAACCAGGCAGCUACCACCGCAGUGUCGCGGUAUCGCAACUUGGUGGUUGUGAAAGGUACGGUCCCCUACAACUUCCUCGAUGCCUCCAGCGAGUGGUCGGAGAUGUUCCGUUGGUCCAAGGAUGCACUGAUUGGACGAUCUUUGAGCACCUUGCAAGGGCCCAUGACGAACGUUCAGAUGUUAAGGAACACAAUGCAAGCAUGCCGUGAUUCACCGCAACAAAGCUGCACGUGUCUCUUAACGAUGUACGACAGCUUCGGAGAGACCAAGGAUUGCUGCUUGGAGAUCAGCUACAUUGAAAACAAGCAAGGGGCUAUCUUUGUGAUCUUCUUUGAUCCUGCCGAUAGCACAACCCAGCCGUUGCAGAAGGACAGCAGCAUUGCGGUAGUGCAAGGGUCUUGUCUCCCGCGGAUCAGAUAUGUCGAUCCGUGUUUUAACAACAUCUUUGGAUUUGACGGGGCUCAAGUUACUGGGAGAACUGUCAACUUCUUGUGCGGCCCCAAGACCGACAGGAGCUCGCUGAUGUCGGUCUUCAAGCUUUUGUCGCAAAGCUCCGACGUCACUCGUCUCACUCUUUACUCUGCUCAGUGCAGCGAAGUGAAGGUCACUGUCAAGGUCGACAAGUUUGUUACCAACUCCAGUGAGUCUGCCAUUUUCGUGCUGCAUUUUCGCCUGGAGGAUGAGGCGAGGGAGGAGAAGCUCUGGGGAUCUUUGAUCCCCAACAAGCUUUCCAAGAUGUUCUUGGACGGGCUGCAUGCGCAUGUAGACUGCAACUGCAGGCUGUUUCAGAUCCUGAUGAUCAUCUGGGCUCAGAUCCUCUUCAUCUUUUUUGAGAACGAGCAACCGGAGCUUCUGUCCGAUUCCGUCUGCAACGAGAUGGUGUCGUACACCCGUCGCAACAGCAACAAGCUCUUCUUAAAGCCGCACUUCUGCCGCAGCUUCAAGGUCAAGCGCGUGAGCCUCAGCUCCUAGGACGCCUGGCUGAUUUAGUUAGCUUUCAUCCCGCCGAAGAUGCCACGGCCUCUGGCGUAAUUCUGAUGAAACGCAAUAAAUUUAGAAAUCCAC